CCCAACAGACAUGUCGCUCUACUUGCCACUUGACAGUCAUGAUGCAAAGACGCUCAUCGCUCUCCUGCCAGAAUAUUCACUAAACACCCGCACUUUUUUCUGUGACCUACAGUAAAUACAACCUAGCAUUGGGCUGUUGCACACAUCUGUAGCCCACGGAGUGUCUCAAAUUAGACUUCUUGCCUGUGACUUCAGUCCUCUACACGUGAACUGUGAGGAGGCUGAGUGCCGUCAACAAUUAUUUCUAAAAACAGCAGAAAUGAUUCGAAUCAACAACACCCAAUACUUCCACUUCCUGCAGCAGGCGGAUGCCAUGCGACGUUCAGGUUCUCUCUGUGAUGCCAUCAUCUCGGUACAGAGUCAAACUUUCAGAGCUCACCGGCUCGUCCUCGCCUGUGCUAGCAGUACUUUAGCGCAGUGGCUGGCCCGAGGAGGCACGGACAGUCCCGUCCACUGUACUUUAGAGUACUGCUCACCCCACACCUUCCAGCAAGUUCUGGACUUCACAUACACUCAAGCUCUGGAGGUCCGAGUGGAGGAUCUGCAGCUGCUGCUGAGAGCUGCACAGCUGCUGGAGAUGCAGCCGCUGGAGGAUCAGUGUCGCAAACAGCUGGACGUGCUCGGAGCCAGAGAGGAAGGCAAACCUGGAGACACUAAUAAAUUCAAAGAGGGAGAGGAAAGCGGAAAAGAGAAAGACCAAAAGGCAAAAGGAAGUCCAGUUCAUGAAGACAAAGUACCAGAGAGAUCUUCCCCACCUGAGAAAGCAGGUGUUAGCAUUAACAUUGAGCCCUUUUCUCCUGCUGAUCCUCCUAAUAGCCACAGUAAUCCAAAAUCUAUAAAAAAGAAGUCAAGAUUGUCCCCGAUCUCAGCAACAUUAUGCAAUAGAGAAACUGUGAUAACAAAGCCGACCGCCAGCAGUUCAUCUUCACCUUCUCCCUGGAAUUUCCCUGCAAACAUGUGGAACUCUGAAGGGCACCUGAACACAUUGAGGCGCAUAGCAGAAAACUAUUCAAACUUCAUGGCAGCUCAUCCCCUUCAGUCCCCAAACCAGUCCUCUGCAGUGUACCCAUUCUCCCUCUCCAGUCCACAUGUGUUACCCCUACUGAGUUCCCACUUUCAAAAUCCACUUCCUAGCUCUGUAUUGGGCUACUCAAACUUCCAUCCCUGUUUUACACAAAACCUUUACGCUGGAGGCACACGCAUGAUCAGACACAGCCUGCUAAAAAGGAAAAAAUAUAGCGGGAACGAUCAAGCUGGUGACCCAAGUUACUCUGGAGUGUCCAAAGUCAGAAAAGAAAGCAGUGAAGACUGCCAGCGCUGCAGUACGAGACUUCUCGAUGAUCCAGUGCUGCAGGAGUCAGCCUCCACACAGCUCGGUAAAAGCUGUGCAGGAUGUCGGUUUUGUGGAAAAGCAGAAGCUGCCGAGUGUGAAAAGGAGACCAGGGAGGACAGCAGAGAAAAGCCCUACCAGUGCAAACACUGUCCCAAGAAGUUCAGUCUGAAACAUCAGCUGGAUACACACCAUCGCGUUCACACCGGAGAGAAACCAUUUGAGUGCCGUCUCUGUGGUCAGCGUUCACGGGACUACUCAGCCAUGAUCAAGCACCUGCGGACACACGGCGGGGCAGCACCGUACCAGUGCACCGUGUGCCUGGAGUUCUGCAGCAGCCUGGUUGCCAUGCAAAGGCACAUCAAGGGCCACGCGCUGCAGGACUUCCCCCCUGACUGGAGCAUCAACAACACCUACCUGUACAUCUCCCACAUUUGAGCCACGCCUCACAACCCUAACUCUUCCCGGCAUAUGUACGCCUCGUGGGUUAAGAGUAUCACUGCAUACAUAGAGCUCCUAGGACAGAAAGACAACAAAUUUGACUUCUGUUUGAGGGUGUAAAAAAAUCAAUAAGCACAAAACUGGGUUGUCAAGAGUGUUGCAGUAACAUUCAUUCAAACUGAAACCUUUCUGGAUUUGCAUUCACAAUAAUAGGACAGAAAUGCAGACAUAAAAGGUAUUGAAAGUGUUUACCAUGCAUUAAAGCCACAUCAACAUUAUAACCUCAUCUCAUGACGCAGGAAUCCUCCCUCUGACUUUCAAAAUUAUUAGACUGGCUGCGUGAUGCUUGCUAGUUUGACUCAGGUUUACUGCGCCCUCAUGAGGAUAUAUGCUGUAACAAAUAUUUAUUUACGUCCUCUCUUUUUUCUGUUUUUUUUUUUUAUGUAACAAUUCUUAGCAAUGCCUUGCAUGCAUGGCAAAUUAAAACUCAUAGUGCAUCUAGCAAAGAUAAUGUAUUUAUUAAGUGUACUCAUUUUUUUUCAAAAUAAAAGCUCACAAACCAUAUCUAAUAUGAUACACUGAUAUUUUAAUGAAAGUUGAUAUGAAUAUAUCUUUUUCACCCUUUGAAAUUGUGACAUUGCUCUGGUCCCGUUGUCUUAUGCUCAGCAUAAAGAAAGAUGGACAUUUCUUGAGUUAGUCAAGACUGCUUAGAACGUGACACUGCUGGGGAGAGAAGCCAACCCAUGGCAACAAAAAAAGAGCAAUUUCAUCCUUUCCUUGGUGUGUCCUCUGCUUUCAGUCACUUCAAAAGCGUGGCUGUUCAUCCAUCCUUCUUGCCGCUCGCCCCAUUUCAGGGUUGCGGUAAACUCAGAACUUAUUAUGUCUUACAAGUAAUAUUAAUUAGUAUUUAGCAGCUGACAUGCCUCUGGAAGAAAUCCGUACCCUACUUAAAUGACUGAAAUUUUUCAUGCAGUAGUUUGAGUUUGCAAUAUUUAAUAACAGACUUUGCACCCUAGCAGAGGCUUUCAUUAUAACCUUCAGGCCUGAAAGUUUCCACUCAAAUGCAUUUGUGUCUACAGAAAUAUAUUAAUAUGUAGGGGACUGAAAAUCAAUAAAUAAAUGUUCAGGAAUUUGUCAUUCAUAGUCUCUAAGGGGUGAACUUGUCAUGUCUUCAAAAACCAAUGCAUCAAAUAAACAAACAUGUAAACAGCAGCUACAUUGACAGUUCUUGUCAUAAUAAUGAAUUCUUAAAAGGCUGCAGAGAUGCCAAAUGUUAAAAUGUAUGGGGGUCAGGAAGCAUUUCA